AUGACCCAGCAGAUUUUAUCUAAUGAAAAGAUUGAUUUGAAAAUCAAAAGACAGAGUGAAGUUAAACCAUAUAACAUUUCGAUAACUAAGAAAUAUAUCAACAAAGACAGUGUUCAAUCGGCUCUACUAGGACAAAAACGAUAUGAAGAUUUUCUUAAGGCCGAUGAAAAAGAAAAAUACGAAUUAUACAAAGACAAUCUUGAGAAGAGCAAGCAAAAUUUACUUGCUGGUGUCUCCCCAUAUCCAAGAACUAAAAAAUAAUGA